CCUCUGGUAUGGACAGCGGUGAGGGAGGAGGAGGGGAUGGAGGGGGAGGAGAGGAGAGAGAUGCUGACCUCAGUCCCCAGGCUUUAUCUCUUCCUCUCCUGACCCUGGCGGUCAUUCCUGAGCAGGGGUCAUCCUCUCAUACCUCAGCCAUGGCCCCUGCCAAAGAGCCCCUGACCCUGCCUCAGCAGCAGGAGGAGGAGGGCGCAGAGGGGUCCCAGGCUAGAGAAGAGACCCAGGGAGGUGAGCAGAAAGAAGGAGGCCGACAUUCACAGGAGAAUGAAGCGUGUCAAAAGCAGGGGAUGAAGGAAGAUUUCCGGGAGGGACAUUUGUCAAGGCAAAGGAAGGAAGAAGGGGAGGUGCAUGUAGGUGUGGGAGAGGCGUCAGUUACAGGGGGCCUCUCAGCAGCCCUUAGCAGCAGAGGCGGUGAGGAGGAGAAGGAAGAGGAGGAGGCCAUCUCAAACCAAAGCCAAACCAAAUCCAAAUGUUCUUUAUUACCUCAACAGAGCCAGCACAGCUCUUCUUCCAGCACUGCAAAGGCCAGUGGCACACUCGACAGCAAAAUAGCCGCCUCUCCAAAGCCCUCCCCCACUCCUUCCACCUCUCCAAAGCCCUCCCCUUUUCUUUCCACUUCUCCAAAGCACUUCACUUGUCCGCCGUCCUCUUCUGCCCUGCUGAGCGAGACAGAGGUACGGCGCCUGCCAGUACACCUGCUGAGGAUGAUGGGCCAGCAGGGGUUCCUCACUCUUCCAUUUCCAAUGGAGAUGGUGCCAAAGCUCCAGAACCAAAUGACAGCCAGCUAG